ACUGAUUGUCUGACAGAUGUUUCUUGUAUUUAUCAUGAAACCACCUUAGGGGGAUUCAUGCAGUUUCCCACAUACUUAGGUCUACGAACGGGGGAAAUUUAUUACUUGUGCGUGAAUGUAACCAAAGAUUGUAGCGACGGAUUUGUGAUAGAUAAUGUUCCACCAUCAUCGGGAAAUGUAAAAGUCCACAAUCAUUAUAAUGGUUACAUUAACUCGAAUUCUACUAUCACUGUACUAUGGCAUGAUUUUGCUGAUGGAUCACAUUUUAAAGAAUUUCUUUAUCCAUCUACUAUUGAUAGAUACGAUAUAGCAAUAGGUACCCAUCUUGACAGUCAAGAUAUUUUGUCCUUUACGCAUUGUGGUUUAUCGGAAUCAUCGGUUCUAACAAACGUCUCCCUUACAAAUGGAAUGACCUAUUAUUUUUUUAUCAGAGCCUUUGAUCAUGCUGGAAACAACAUAACAUCAUCGUCCGAUCGAUAUAUCUUUGAUUCUACCCCUCCAACGACAGGAAUGAUAACCGUGGGGAGUUACAUCAAAAGCUUAACGAUGGUCAAUCCCGGUAGUCUGAUUGUUCAUUGGUCAGGUAUUGAAGAUAGGGAAAGUGGAAUCGACAAAUAUGAGAUUGGAAUAAGGACUUUUAACGAGCAGGUUUCAGCAUAUUUUUCCGUGAACAAAAACACAUUUCCUGACCUUAGGGACUAUUUUUCAUUCAUUGAUGGUCAUCAAUAUCGUGUAAAUCUAAAGGCAUGGAACAAUGCUGGAUUGUACUCUACAAUGUCAUCAGCUCCGUUUAUUUUUGAUGCCUCGCCGCCUUUGGUUGGCGUAGUUCGUGAUGGUCCUUUAGAAAAUGGGGUUGAUUUGAUGUUCAGUAAUAAUGUCUCAAGCCUACCCUUUCAUUGGACAAAUUUUCAUGACCCCCACUCCAUGAUUUCAAACUACCGUGUUGGCCUAGGGACUGCCCCUAAGAAGACUAACAUACUACCAGUGACUGACGUUGGUUUACGAAAAGAAUGGACCUGGUUUAAAAGUUUUAGAAGAGGCGUGAAAUAUUUUGCAACCGUUGAAUCAUGUAAUAAAGCUGGUCUCUGCAGUGUUGCAUCUUCUAAUGGCAUUAUCCUUGAUGAUUCACCUCCGAUACCUGGAAGGGUUUUAAUAGGGGGAAACAACGAUAGAUAUGUACCUGACAACAAAACAUUACGCGUGUCAUUGGUAGAUUUUAUCGACGCAGAAUCAGGAAUUUUACAAUACUUUGUGUGUUUAGGUUCAAAAAAGUUUCUCUGUGAUGUGAAACCUUGGAAAAAUUGUAGGAAUGAAACUUCAAUUUUACUCUUCAAUUUAAACAUGCCACUAAAUCAGAGCAUAUAUGCGGUAGUAAAAGCAGAGAAUAAAGCCGGGUUGGCGUCAUCUGCAUCUUCUGAUGAAUUCUUUGUUGAUGUAACACCACCUAUUGUUUUAUUUCCACCGAACGUCAUAAAAUCAAAUUCUCUUGUUGAACUGUAUGAUUCAUCUUUAUUAAGAAUCCAGUGGAAAUUCAAAGAUAAUGAGAGUCCUUUAUCUAAAGGCUUAAUUUCCCUUCAAACAAAUCACAACAGUAAGACAUAUCUUGAUGACAUUGUUUUUUACGGAGAUGAAACGAGGACAAUUCCCCUAGAUACUUCAAAAUGGUUAAGCUCGGGAGACAAAUAUAAAAUAGUUGUGACGUCAUGCAAUGCAGCAAGGCUAUGUACUUCGAGUGAGAGCGAUGAGAUCAUCAUUGAUUCCACACCACCAUUCGUUGGUCAUAUUUUAGAUAAUGCUGUAUGGUCCAAUAAUGAUUUAAAUGUAAUGCUUAAGUGGAAAGAUUUCGUGGAUCCAGAGACGCAGGUUGUGGCAUAUUAUUUACAUCUUAGCGAAACACUCUAUGGACGUGAAAUCAGUGGACACACCAUUAAAGUAGCUCAUGAUGGUGAUGUCCAUGAAGAACAAAAAGUUACCUUAAAUAUCUCUCGAAAAUUGGUGCAAAACGAGAAAAUUAUGCUAAGUCUGUCUGCCCAGAACAAUGUUGGUCUCAACAGCACAGCAAGACAUGUAACGUUUUUAGUUCUUCCUACAAACAAUAAUAUGUCUCACGGUAGACUGCUGCUCGAAAAACAUUCCUGUGAUUCACUGUCUUGUACAAAUGAUUGUACAUGUUCAGCUAUUGGCAAAAAAUGCUCAAACAAUAUUGCAGGAAUGCAAUGCAAAGAAUUGAAUUUUACCAUGAAACCUUUUCCCAACGUUAUUUCAGAUGGUUUACAGUUACAACAUGCAUACACUCUAUCAACGCGUUGCCUUUCUGCCCACUGGAACUCAACAAACGACAUGAUUGUAAGGUACGAAUGGAGUGUUGGCGUAAAAGGGUUCCCAAUCGGAUAUGGAGUCUUUAAUCUUCACAAGGAAAAUCCCUGGAAAGACAUUGGCCUCGAAACUCAGUUUGUCUAUUGUUUGCCUCCUGGAAAGCAGUUUAAGCAUAUGCAUUCAUAUGUUAUAUUUUUGAGGUCAUGGAUUACGGACACUGACUAUGUUAUGUCUGAAUCAAAACCUGUUACCAUCGAUACCUCUCCCCCAAAGAUAAAUCGGGGUAAAGCUGUAUUGGACUCGCUUGAUAACUGCGCCACACAUUCUCAUUCGGGGAAAACAUUUCAUAAUUUAACGACUUGCUGGGACGGAGUGUUUUCUGAUCAACAGAGUGGAAUAAAGAACUAUAAUGUAUUUGUAGGAACAGUGCCAGGAGGGCAUGAUGUUUCGGGCAUACUCAAUAUUGGAUUAAAAUUGAAUUUCACUUGGCAUUUUUCAAACUUGCACCCAGGAGUCAAGUAUUUUUCGACCGUUCAAGCAGUUAACAAUGUUGGUCUUCAAACAACAUUGUUCUCGUCUGGCAUUCUUAUUGAUGAUACUUCUCCAUCGGUCGGUAUUGUGUAUAAUACGGCUUUCUUCCAAAAUAUUCCUCGGCAAACGGUUUUGACUUCAUUAACAGCAUCUUGGCAAGGCUUUGCAGAUCACGAGUCUUUCAUAAGUAGCUAUCUUGUUGCUUUGGUAGAUUCUGAUGGUAAUAUUAUUAAACAUUUUGAGAAUGUUGGAAUCCGGAAUAAACACACCUUUUCAAACCUCACUUUAAAUUUCAAGAAACUAUACAUCUUUCUUGUAAAAGCACAAAAUUCUGUUGGUCUAAAGAGUAAUGCAGCUCGAUCUCAUCAAAUAUCAUUCGACGUAUCAAAACCAAAAGGAAUGAAAUGCCAACUUUACAGUCAAAUAAUAUACAAUUCAACAAUUUCCUCUUUUACCAAAGAAAACUUACUAUCAGGAAAACUUAAUGUAACAAAGGGCCAAUACAGAUUUAAGGUUCAUAUACAUGCGCAUCACAAAUUUCGGCAUGACUCAAUACACGUUUUAUUGAAGACACUAACCAUGAAAUUCCAACGGAUGGUUUAGAAAAUGAAUUCCAUUAUCUAUCUUCAACUCAAAAAACAGUCAAUGUAUUUGUAGAUAUCACAACACUAAAAAUGUUGAACGAUGAUUUUAAGAUUCGUCUAACUGGGCAAAAAUGUUUGAGACUAGAAGAAGCAAAUGACAAUGCUAUUGCUGUUCGCCAAAUAUCUCCAAGUCACGUGUUAAUAUCUGUCUUUAUUGUGGACGAAGAAAGUGAUAUAACAUCUGUGGAUGUAUUAGUUGGAACCAUUAGAAAUGCCCAGCAGAUAGCACGCUUUUCCAUGAAUACUGGAAUAUUUGUGCGAGCAAUCCACAUCUUGCAACAACAAGCGACACCAAUAAUUGUUUCCGUUUACGCCAAAAAUGGUGCUGGUUUACAAGAAAACUUUCAUGCAUUGCCUAUUGCAUUAGAUCAUACGGCACCCAUGUUAGUUGUUAAAGACGUUUUUGUUUCAUAUGAAACAGAGAAUACUAAAGUAAAAGCCAUUUUUACAAUCAGAUGGAAUGUUGAAGAGGAGGAAAGUGACAUACGGGAAUGCUCUUGCGCUUUGGGUAACAUUAUGGGUUCAGACACAAUUAUAUCAUGGUUCAAAUCAGAAAAUAGAACAGAAUGCAGAUCACCUAGUAUGAGACUUCCACAUGGCACAAAAGUAUUUGCUUCCGUAAAAUGCGAGAAUACGAUUGGACUAAUUUCCGAGGUCAACAAUAAAAAUUUUACUAUUGUGGCAAACAAAGCACCAAUCGCUACUCAGUCAGAGGUGAAUUUUGCUGUUAACAGCUUUAGGAUGAAGUCACAGGAGCAUGUCCAACAUUCCACCAGUUCACUUCAAUUUAAUUGGUUGAGCUUUCAUGAUAUUACAGGGUUGAUUAAUUAUAACUUCUGCAUAAAAUCUGAUGAAAAUAUAGUGUUGAACUCUGCUAAUAUUGGAAAGCAUAAUUAUGUUUCAAUGGAUGAUCUUGAUCUUCAGUAUAACAGUACCUAUAUAGCUGACGUUUACGCAGUCAAUUCUGAUGGAGAAAAGAGUGACUCAAUAAAUGGAAG